AUGGCUACGCGAUCAAGAUACGGCUGUAUCGACUGCAAGAAGGCCAAAGUCAAGUGCGAUGAGGUCCAUCCCGCCUGUGGUACUUGCAAGCGUCGAGGUCGUCAAUGUAGUGGUUACAGUCACAUUGUCGCAAAAACCCGGAAAGCUCCUGAGGCAACAGCCGCACAAAGCUCUCUGGCUGCUACUUCUUCUCCUUUCAAUACUCGGGAACCGGGCCUGUUGUUGUCUCCGGUCACGGAACCGGCCACGGACAGGGUUCAGACGUACGAUGCUGCUCUGUACUCUUCCGAACCCUUCAAUGCUAUCGAAUCAGACGCCUCUUCAGCCGCCCCGGUCUCUCCUAUCGCACAUUCCAGUGCGGUUCUAGUGCCAACGCCACCUCUCUUGAGAAGCCUGGCUAUCAUCCCUCCCGGAGCAGUGCAACCCACAGAUGAACCCUUCAUCGAAGUAUACUUCAUGCGUCAUCCGGCGGAUUUGGUGUUUAGCGGCGAGUUCGUCCAAGAAAUGAACUACAAUGUUCUGCAAGUCUUCCAGAAUAAUCCGCAGGCCGUGGGUGAUACUUUGUCCGCCAUCGGAGAGGCAUACCUAAGGGACAAUUCUCUGCCUAUUGUAGGCUUCGUCCCCAACAGAAAAGCAAGGAUUUUGGCGCGGCUGCGGAACAUGGACAGUCUUGGUGUCAGCUUGGAGCUUCUACUAACCACCAUCCUGGGGCUUUGUGCCGUGGAGCUUGUUGAUGUCAACUGCCAUAAUGGACAUGUUUCUGCCAUUCCGGCCCUCAUGGAGAAUUUGGCCAUGAUGUUGGAGCACUACCUCCAUAAAGGGCUCGAGCUAACUCAGCUGGCGAAAUACUUUGUCCGUGCCUUAGCGAGACAAGACAUGAUGCUCGCUUUGACGAGGUUUCAUCGCCCCCGAAUCCCUACCGGCUAUUGGUUGGAUGACUACGCCAUGCAGCAUGCUGAUCGGUUCAUGGGAUAUACUGGACCUAUGAUGCCUCUACUCGCCGAGCUGGCUGCGUUGGCUGAGGACAUUCUGAAGUCCAUCCAAGAGGAUAGCCCGAGCGGGAUUGUCUGGGAUUCGACUUGGUCAAAUCCUCGCCGACAGUCUGUCAGUGUCCUUGACCAAGCUUUUGAACUGCAAUGCAAACUUCAGUCAUGGCAUCCUACGCUCGACCCGUUACUUUCCUUUGAGACCUCUCGAAGGUUUCUCAUGCACGCUUAUGCCUACCGCAACAGUGCUUUGCUUUACCUGCAUCGACUGAUCCAUCCUGCAGGAUGCUCCCUGGAAGCCGACCAGACAGCUCUGGUGAUGGCUUACGAGGUCAUGGUACACACGACAACGACCAAGGAGGACAUGAAGAUGUCGCUGUGGCCCCUCUUCUUGGCAUCAUGUGAAUUGCACAGUGAUGCUGAUCGGAUGAUCGCCACGCAGUCACUGGGUGUGAUUUGCGAUUGCCGCAAAACCGUCACCGCCCUUCGAACAAGAGACUUUGUUGUCAACCGAGUUUGGGCCGCCAGAGAUUCAGGGGAUGAUUGGAACUGGAUGAUGCUAUCGCAACAGUACCCGGAUGAGUUGCUCCCUAUAUGA